AUGAAGACGAUAAUCGAUAAAGCCGCGGUCGACCUCUACAAGACCCAAUUAGCUUUUGCGAACCUUGACCCAUCGUGGAUAGACGUAGAGACCUUGAAAGACUGGCUGUGGACUUGUGAUCACAACCACGGGCACCAAUGCCGCGAUGCAUUGGCCCCAGAUGACACUGUCGAGACGCGCCCUCAGUGGCUCGUUGACAUCAAGCGAGCAUGUCUUGUACCCGCCGGCCCAGGUGACCAGUACGCCGCCUUAAGCUAUGUCUGGGGCAAGGUCAGCGUCACUCAGACAACCACAUCGAACCUUGGGACGUUCCUGGAGCCGGGGUCGCUCAAGUCAUUACAGGUCAAAAUUCCGAAAACUAUACGUCACGUCAUCGGCCUGUUGGAACUUCUGGGGAUCCAUUUCCUUUGGGUCGACGCUCUCUGUAUAGUACAGGACGAUGCUAAAAUCAAGCAAAAGCAGAUACACGCCAUGGCAUGGAUCUAUGCCAACGCUUAUGUCACCAUCAUCGCCGCAGAUGGAUGGGAUGCUGAGCAUGGCCUGCGAGGAAUUCGCGGGGUGACUGAGUCUCGAUACCUGGGCAAAGCAUCUGCAAAGAGUGUGGACAAGUCUCUCAAGGCCAAAGCGGCCAAGUGGUAUUCCAGAGGUUGGACCUUUCAAGAGAUGGUCUUCUCCAGACGAACCAUCAUGUUCCAUAAUCAAACUGUGCUUUGGGAGUGCCCUCGAGCGUCGUGGAACGAGACAUUCUUGAACAGCGUCUUCAAGAUCCACCAACAUUCUAUUCAGCCGAAAAUCUCUGUGUGGCCAGACAUUCGGCAAUACAUGGCUGCCAUUUAUGAUUAUAGCCUAAGAGAGUUCAGUGACCCAGACGAAGCCUUAAAUGCAAUCUCGAGCCUGUUAGCUGUGUGGAAGUACUCCUAUGAUGGAGGUUUCAUAUCUGGUUUGCCACAGAUGUUCUUCCUUGAGUCACUUCUGUGGCAGCCGCAGGAACCACUCAAAAAGCGGCUGAAGAAGGACAAUCUGGACCAUGAACGGCCUUUACCAAGCUGGUCCUGGGCCGGCUGGGAGGGAGCACUCGAUAUCAAAUCCUGGGAGGCGCAUUUCAGUCACCUUCACAUCUUACCCCAUCCUCGCAAAGACCGCCACAUAUGGCAAGUCAGGCCGACAGUUCAAUGGCGGUACUUCGACACUAAUGGGGGGACGGCCAGCAUUCAGCCCUCAUCCUUGAAAUACCGACCGAAGAGAUUAUUGACAUACGACACCCCCGAAGAUUGGGAACUGCGCAACUUCUGGCCUAGGCAUUCAUCCUCAUAUGUGCAUUCGCGAUAUGAGAGCGCAGAGUCUCGGUAUCCAAUUCCUCUUUCCUCGCAGCCCGGGAGCGUUAUCGCGUCCGGCAUGCUGUACGGGAAAACCCAAAGGGGUUUCUUCAUGUCAAACUGGAAGCGGCCAUUUCAGAUCUGCGAGAGUACUAUAUGUGAUCAGAUCGAGUUGCUAGACCAUGACGGCCAAGUCAUGGGCGCUCUAAUGCUGAACACGGCUUCCUUCUUCCACGCGGCACACUACUAUUACAAUAGGGCAAAUAUAACCAUCGAUUAUAUCAACCGGCCUGUUAAUGACGAGACUUUUGAGCUUGUAGAGAUUGCCGAAGGUGCUGUACUUGGCGAUAAGACAGUGAGCUGUUGGGGGGAUUUUGGUUUCAAGUUAGCGCCAAUGCCAGAAGUGGCUGUUCCUGUCAAGACUUUCGCUCAACGCGAGCCCGAACAUGCAGUCGUGUAUGUUAUGUGGAUCAAGUGGAGGAAUGGAGUCGCUUAUCGUCAGGGUCUGGGACGCGUCUUGAAAACAGCCUGGAGACGCGAUGCCUCUGAAGAGAUAGAUCUAAUGCUUGGAUGA